AUGAAAAAUACAUCUGCUAGCAAACAAGCAAACAAAACCAAUGCACUCAGGAAAUCUGCUGAAAACUUGCCUCCUUUUGCUCCUUCAACUGAAAAAGAUAAGGAAACUUCCAAGUUAGCUCAUCUUGAAAUUAACUUAAACAGAGUAUGCUUAUAACAAGACGCCUUGAUGCCAUUGUUGCAAAUGAUUGAAUACAUCCCAGCCAUUCAAAGAACCGACAGUGUAGUCAAAGGAUUGAUGAGAAAGAUUGAAGAAAAUGAAUAAAAGAUCUUGAAAUCAGAAAAACUACUUGAAUCUAAAAUCAAAAAUCCAGAUGGAAAUCAAGACAAGGACUCCAAGAAACAAUAAAAGUAACUCCAAGAACUUUAGGGCAAAGUCAAAGACAUGGAAUAACAAAUGAAUAAUUUAUAGAGGUGGUAUGAGGCCAAAUUAAAAGAAGAAAAUCAAGCAUUAUAAAGAAACCUUGAACACAAAAUAGAGAAAUCCAAGACUGACACUUAGAAAUCAGUUGGAUCCGAAAAGAGAAUCAGUACUGAGCAAUCCAAAACUCAUAGCAAAUAAGUAUCAUAAGUUCAACAACCAUAAGAGUCUUAAUAACAAUAUUAAUAUAAUGUACUAUAAGCUGUCGAAUAAAUGGUGACAGCAUCUUUGAAUCAAGUUAGAAAUCAAAUCCAAUCAGAAAUAGAUGAGUUAAGAGAACAUGUUAUUGCUUCUAAAUAAUGA